GUUGAGGAUACUGACUAGUAAAAAUAACAUAGAAAUAGAAAUUUGAGCGUUAUCAAAUAUAAUGUGAUGAAUUGUUUUUAUUCUUAUUCUUGUCUGUCGCUUAUUAAUGUUAAUAAUUUUUGACUUAAAUUCGGAAAUUCAUUUAUGUAUCUGAUUAAACUUAAUUGGUAGUAUGAAGAGAAGGAAUGGCGAUUGCGGAAAAUCUCGAAAGGCAUUAAAAAGAAACAAAUCUAGCGCCGAAGGGAUUUAUUGGAGUUUAAUCCAUUACUUAAAAUUAUUCGGCAUUUGGUUUGUUUUGAUACUACUCGAUUAUUUAUUACACUUUCGAUUUGAGUACGUUUGGCCGUUUUGGCUAUUAUUUCAUAGAAUAUUAGAAGGAUUUAAGCAUCAAGGCUUUGUUUAUACAGUUUUUUUUGUAUGCAUUGCAUUGACUUCUGAUAUGGUAUGCUUUUUCUUUAUACCAGUACAUUGGUUAUUGUUUGCUGCAAGUACAUACUUCUGGGUGCAAUAUAUUUACCAAGCAGAAAAGUGUGUCUCUUGGCCAGCAGUAGCUUUAUUAGUUUUAUAUAUUUAUGUAGAAACAAGUGUUCGGUUGAACAAUCCAGAUCAUAUACCUUACAAAUUGGUAUUCUGUAAACCCUUGGCAGCUAAUUGCAUUGGAUACCCAGUAAUCACUCUUUGUUUUGGUUUCAAAAGUUAUCUAAGUCAUAAAUUGAAACAGAAACAACAGCAGAGGGUGUCUAAAGAAAAUGAGUUCUAUCAGAACUUAUUAUUGGAUGCUUUGCCAAUUGAUAAAAUAACUGGUUCCAUUAUACCUAGUCAAGAAAAUAAUGAUGGAGAAAUGUGGUUAGAAUCAAUUUGUGAAGUACCUACUGAUGAAAACGAUGUACAUAGUAACAAAAUUAUGUCUAAUGGUAGUGUUCCAUGUAAAAAGCCUGAAAAACAAGAUACAGCAUGUGCAGAUGUAUCUAAUAAAAAAUUAGUAUCUAAUGAUAAAUUAGUGUAUAAUAAUCAUGAAAAUCAUGUAAUUAAAGAAACAGAAAAAAAUAAAAGAGUCACUAGAAUGUCUUCUGCUAAAAAUAAUAAUCAUAUAAAAUAUAAUAAUCAAAAUCCGAGUAUAAAAGAACAUUCAAAAAGUAAAGGUUCUUCACCACCAAGACUAGAAAGUUCCUUAAUAAUUGAUCCAAAAGAUAUUUAUUGUGAAACGCUAGAAAAUGAGUUAAAAAGACUAAAAAGUGAAUUACAUACGUACACUCAAUCUGAAAAAGAUUUAAGAAAUCAAUUGAAUGCGGCUUUAAGUGAUUAUACAAGUGUUUCACAUGAUUUGAUAAGGUUGAAACAAGAACAUGAAGAUACAAAAUCCAAAGUUUUCAACUUAUUAAUGACACAUCAAAAUGAUAAACAAAUGGUUUCCCAACUCGAAAAACGUUUAGCUGAUGAAAAACGUCAAAGGUUGUCAUGUGAAUCUCAACUUGUGUCAGAAAGACGACAAUUAAAGAAAGUUGAAGAAUUGGCUGCUUCUAGAUUAAGUGCUCUCAAUUCAAAACCGGAAUGCACUGAAAGUUGUAAAACUAGACGAAGAGAGCUAGAAAAUGAAGCAAAAUCUUUACGUAAGGAAUUGCGUUUAAAGGAUGAUCAAUAUUUAGCAAUUCAAAAAGAAGUUAAUGAGCUUCAACCAUACAAACAAAGUCAAGACAAGAUUGAUUUUGUCAUGUCUGCAUUGUCAACAUUAAAAGACAAGAAUGCUCACCUUGAACAUAGUUUAAGUGCUGAGACACGUAUUAAGCUUGAUCUUUUUUCAGCAUUGGGGGAAGCUAAAAGACAAUUGGAAAUCAAAAUAAAUAGAAUUUCUUGUCAAGAAAAAGAAAUUGAAGAGUUAAAAUCUAAAAUGGCUCAAACAAUGGUAAUGAUGCCACCAAAUGGUACAUACCAUAUUGGAAACUCAGUUGGAAAUUCUCCUACUAUGCGGUUUGGUGGCAGUAGUUCUCCACAGUCAAGUUUAGAUCCUAAUGCUUCAAUUUACACACCUAAAAAAAAUUCACAUUUAGUUACUGAAGCUUGAAUUCAAUAAUCUAACAAUCAGAAUCAGUAAUUUUCAUAAAUUAACAACAAAACAGUUUCUUUUUUUUUCAAUGUUAUAUUUUCAUUAAUUUAAAUAAUGUCAAUAUUAGUUUAAGUCAUUAAAUACAUAUUAUGUAGUUAUAUAGUUUGACUGUUUAUUUGUGUAAUAUUAUUUUUUCUUAUAAAAAUGGUACAAAACAAGUAGAUGAGCUUAAACUAAUGAUAAAAUUUCUUUACUGUUAAAUUAUCUCUAAAUUAAAUUAACUUUUUCCUUAAUGGUUAACAUAAAAUUGUUCUCCUUUCUUCAUUUGUAAUUGACCUUAAAUUUUUUGACUGGUUAAUUUAAAACUAUUAAUUUAUUAUAAAUUGUUUUUCUCCUGUUAACUGCAUAUAUUUUUUCAAUUAACGCACAAUUUCUUCAAUAAAUGAAAUGAACAAAUUAAUAUUAAGAUAUUACAUGUUAAGUUAAUUUUUUUUAAUCAUUAAAAAAAAUUGUGUACAUUUUUUUUUGUUCCUAAUCCAGAGAAAAUCAAAAUUUCUCUCUUUGUAUACAUAAAUUUGUAAAAGAAAUUGUGAUAAUUUUUAGUUGAUCUUAGUCCCUGCAAAAUCAAUUGUAAACUUUUUUUUAAUAAUUAGACAUGAAUCCCAUUAUUAGUAAUUUAAAUAACUAAUGUUUUCGCAUGCGUACUUAAAUAAUUCAUUGUUUAAUAAUUUUUUUACUCUUCUGGGUAUUCAUUAAAAAUUGUAGUAUAAUAAAACAAAAAUGUAUGGAUUUUGUUAAUAAAAUAAUACGUUUUUCAAAGUA